UAUUUUGCUUAUUUUGUCCUGCGGCCCUACUAUCUUCAACAACUGAGAAUUUAAUAACAAAAAAAGGGAAAACGCAGAAAGUGAUGGGGAAUCAAAUGGGGAUUAGGUUAAAUGGUGAUGACGACGACUACGAAUCCUCUGACAACGAGCUGGGGUUUAAUGUGAUUAACUUUACCGUUAAUGCCAUGGACAUGGAAUUGCGCACUGACUACUGCGCCCAUGAGCUGCCAGUAAUUCGCUCGAAGCCCGAUCUGGCGAAAUUUCAGGGCACUGAUAUGUACAAGGAGAUACAGGCGUCUAGCGGAGUCGUCAGCAAUCCGGAUGAUCGGUGGAGUUUGGUGCGUGCCCUUCAGCAGCGAGAAAAUGGGAUAGCCUCGCCACACAGCUCCUCAUUUUCUAAAAACCAACAGCGCUACAUUUCCAAUCAAUACAUACCAAAUAGGAAGACUACGCGUCUCAUGUCGCUGGACUCGAAAGUCUUUGUGACCAAAUUCAAUCGCACAGGCAGCAAGUUGCUGACCGCCUGCCAAGAUGGCUUUGUCCGUAUCUACGACGGCGCUAAGGGCACCUAUCAUCUGCUGAAUCGCAUUCGUGCCCGUGACGUUGAAUGGAGUAUCAUCGAUGCUGAUUUUAGCCCCAAUGGUCAACACUUUGCCUACAGCACCUGGUCUCGGUCAUUUUUUAUCAUGCCCGUAAAUGGGGGCGAAGACGACUGUCAGUGGGUCGAUGUUAAUGGACUGCCAAACCACCGGUUAGCCAUCUUCUCAUUGCGCUACUCACCAUUGGGCGACAAGAUCAUCGGGGGUAGCAACGAUGCCAUGGUCUUGGUGACCGACAUACGCACACGAACCACACAAAUCUUGCGCACCCACCGCACUCCGGGCACCGAUGUAAACUCAGUGUGCUACGUGCACGACAAGGACCCAAAUGUGAUAAUCGCUGGCUGCGAUGACGGCUUGCUUAAGGUGUACGACCUGCGCACCUCGUUCCGGUCGCGAGAGUUGUCCAAAUCGGUGGCUUCCUUUAUUGGCCACUACGACGGUGUCACCUAUAUCGACUCCCGUAACGAUGGCUACCACGUGCUGUCCAACUCCAAAGACCAAAGCAUCAAACUCUGGGACAUGAGGCAGCCUAGCAAUUUGCGAAAUCGCAGUCGUGCGAGACAGCGGCAAAUGGAUCUCACAGUGUGGGACUAUCGGUGGAAUCGCGUUCCGCGCGAAUUUUACAAUCCCCACAAGGCACUGGAAGGGGACACCAGUAUAAUGACCUUCCGCGGACACCGAGUUAGUAAAACCCUGCUACGGGCCAAGUUUUCGCCCCAGGAGCAAACAGGACAGCGAUUCAUAUACACUGGCUGUGCCACUGGUCGUAUUAUAAUUUAUGAUGUGCUUACUGGAAAGAUCAAAGAGGCUAUUGAAGGACAUAGGAAUGUGAUAAGAGACCUGGACUGGCAUCCAGAGCGCUCUGAAAUUGUGUCUGGUUCUUGGGAUACCCAUGUUCAUUUGAACACCUAUAGCCGCAGCAACGCCAAUCCUCCGUUCAAGCGGGCCCACAGCUCGGACUUGGAUAAGAGGCCUCUGCGACGGUCCCGCCGCCUGGCUAAUCGCAACGUGACACCAGACUAGUUUUAAUGUUGGCGUAUUUUGUACCUAGUAAGACCCCCAUUGAUAUUACAUUUCGUUACAUUCAUUCAUAAACGCAUGCGCGGACAAGGGGAAAAUAUUCACCGCAGUCGGGCCGCAUUUUGGUUCUAUGAAUAAGACUGAAGAAUAUGUCACAGCUUGAAAUGUAUAGUUCAGUUUAAUUAAUUAACUUGUUACAGAUUAAAAUGUAAACCCAGAAGCUUACAAACUACCUACUUAAGUUGUUUAUGUACAAAACAAUCAUACAAGAAUCACGUUGAAUUAUAUUUCGUUUGCUCGAACUAAAUUCCUUGAAA